AACUCGCUGCUCCAGUGCAACUUCCUCUGCUCAUCCCCGCCCUCCCCCAUCCAUCCACCGGCAGUAGAGCUGUAGUUGCACGCCACUAUCGCAGUUCCCCGGACCUCUCGGCGCACGUUCUCCUCGCAUUCCCGUAGUUGUUGGACAUCGCACGGCCAUGUCUCUGUGUCGGGCAGGUUUGCAGAGAUGUGGGCCUCUGGCUCGGCAUUUCCUCACAAAAUCCCCCCACUCUCACCUCAACAGAAAUGUGGCCCCACGGAGGACCAUGUCAUCUGUUCCCGGUGGCGGUAAUACGGGCCAGAACAUUGCUUAUGUCGUGCUCUGCAGCGGAGCAUUCGCAGCUGCCUGCGGCUAUGCUUACAGCACUGUGACCACUGACCACAGUAGGUUCCUAGACCGCGUGACCGAGAUUAAUGCCCGCCCCAAGACUGAAUGGCAGCCCAAACCAUGGCCACGCAAGGGCGAGGAUGAUGAAGAGGGCGAGGGUGAGGAAGGAGGAGAAGAGGAGGGAGGUGAGGAGGCUGCAGAGGAGGGAGGUGAGGAGGCCGAGGCUGCAGAGGAGGCACCCGCUGAGGAGGAUGGUGCCGAGGCAGAAGAGGCACCUGCGGAGGAGGCCGCAGCCGAGAACGGGGCCGAACCCGAGGCUGAGGCGGUAGCUGAGGAGCCGGCAGCCGAGGAGCCAGUGGCCGCCGUGGAGGAGGAGGCAGCAGGGUCCGUGGAGGCCGCCAUCGAAGAGGUGGCUGUGGCCGUGGCCGAGGUUGCUGCGGUGGUGGAGGAGGUGGCGGAGGUGGUCGCCGAGGCGGCAGAGGAGGUGGCAGCAGUGGCCGAGGAGGUGGAGAAGGUGGCGCAGGAGGUGGAGGCCGCAGCUGAGGCGGUGGCAGCUCCAGAGGCAGUCGCAGAGGCCGCAGUGGAGGAGGCUCCCGCACCCGUUGAGGAGGCUGCCGCACCCGUUGAGGAGGCUCCCGCACCCGUGGAGGAGGCUCCAGCGCCCGUGGAGGAGGCUCCAGCACCCGUUGAUGAAGCGGCUCCAGCACCAGUUGAGGAAGCGGCUCCAGUGGUGGAGGAGGCAGCCGCUCCGGAGCCAGUGGUGGAGGCAGCAGCAGCACCCGAGGCAGUGGAGGCAGCCCUGGCAGAGGCCAUGGAGGAGCCAGCAGCAGAGGCAGCGCCAGCCGAGAGUAACGUUGCCGUGGUGGAGGUGGCUGCCGCGGUGCUCAGCGCUGUGGCCCCUGUGGAGAUGGCGGCUGCGUCUGUACUUGCAGAGCCCACGCCUGUCGUGCCUGCAGAGCCUGAGCCCGUCGCUGUCGUGGAAGAGGUGAAGGAGGAGGCCCCAGCAGCCACAGUUGUGGAAGAGGCCCCAGCAGCCCCAGUUGUGGAAGAGGCCCCAGCAGCCACAGUUGUGGAAGAGGCCCCAGCAGCCCCAGUUGUGGAAGAGGCCCCCGUGACUGAAGCAGCUCCAGCUGCCGUCGAGGAAGCUCCUGCUGCUGCAGUGGAGGAGGUUGCUGCCCCCGCUGCCCCUGCAGUUGAGGAGGCUCCUGCUGCUGUGGUUGAAGCUCCAGUUGUUGAAGCUGCUGCUCCUGCAGUGGUGGAAGAAGCUGCUCCGGUAGCUGUAGAGGUGGUAGCAGUGGCUGAAGAGGCCCCAGCAGCGGUUGAGGAGGCCCCAUCGCCUGCACCUGCAGUGGAGGAGGCACCCGCCGCCUCAGUAGAGGUCGCUGAAGUGGUCGCAGAGGUAGCUCCAGUUGUGGAGGUGGUGGCAGAAGUAAGUCCAGUGGCAGAAGCAAGUCCAGUCGUGGAGGAGGUCGCAGCAAGUUCAGUCGCUGAAGUGGUCGCAGAAGCAAGUCCAGUUGUGGAGGAGGUCGCAGCAAGUGUGGUCGAGUCAGUCCCUGAAAGUCCGGUGGUGGCCGCACCGGCAGAGCCAGCUCCGGCACCCGAGGAGCCUAAAAGGGAGUACAUUGUGGUGGUCCUGGAGGGAGCCCCAAAGUCUGACAAGAAGCCCAAGGUACUCGGGGUCUCUCCAGUGACGGGUAGGGUCAUCCCUGCCUACGACGACGAUGAUGAGCCCGUUGCCCAGGUAACAGGGCAAAAGACGGAUGCUUAAAAUCCAAAUGCACUAAUGUCGUCAUACUGGUUCUUUAAGGAACCUUUAUCUCUGGAUGAUGAAGCCACCCUGGAAGAUCGAAAAAAAAUGGAUGUGCCUUUUCCCCUCCCGUCCUUCCCAUCACCUAACACACACACGCCCUUAACACCCUCACCCUACUUAACUGCCAUCCUGCAGGAAGUUGAUUUGUGGGUAGAGCAUUUUCAUGUACCUGUUAGGACAUAACAUCUGUUCUGUCCCUUAGUAAGAGAGCUGACUAUGCCAUUGAUGGUCAUUGAGCAUGUGCACAGAUCAUUCAUGUUAACAUCGCUAUUAGACUUAGAGUGGCAAUCUUAACAAAUAACUACCGCACAGUAAUUGGGUUUCUCUCACUCGCAUCUAUAAAGUACAUAUCUUUUCUAUCAAUCUGGAAGAUGAAGUUGUACUCUCAACUGUGACAUUUCCACAACCUUUAACAGUGUUGUCUGCUGCUCCAGGUUACUUUUAACCUUUCAUUUAUUACUUCAGGUCAUAAGACCACCGGGCGAGCUUGGGGAGAGUUGAGCAUCGCCCCCUACCUAACGUUCUCAACACCCCCUCUCCUAUAUGAGCCAACCCCAACUGUUAUCCUUCAGUCUUUACUGUCACCAACGUAGUUGUUAAUCUAAAGAUGUCGGUACAGUAGAUGUUUUGACAGACUUCCUGAGGUUGAAUGCUGGGUAGAGGAGCGCUUUGUGUAUAUAUAGUCCUAGUGGGUUUGGGAUUUAGCUUGGUUAGUUUCAGCUCAACCUCACCUACCUAGCCUUCUCACUCUCUCCAAGCUCUGGUUCCCUUGUAAGUGGUUGCCAUGUCAGCUAGAUACACCAGCCCAAGCAAUAGCUGCCACAACAGAAAGUUAAAUAGAACUUCUUUAAAAGUUCUCUUUAACCUCAUUUGCCACAAUAAGCUGUAAUGCUAAUCCUGAAGAAAAUCGACUCAGGCACAGACACUUUUUAUUUUUUUAUAUGAAUAUAUAUAUAAUGCUGAGUGCUAUUUAUUAAACAUGACAUGGACCCCACCGCAUUGCCCAUAUGUUUUUUUGUAUCUUAGUGGCAUGUUUAGGGGGAAUCCUGGGUCUUUCACUACCUCCCUCUUCUGGAUUUCAGUCAGAGAGGAAAGAAGUUUGGAGAGAUUUCCUCUCUUUCUCAGCCAGCGUCUUUUCACUUUCUCCCUGGAGCACGCAGUGUCAAAAUAUGAGUAGGUCACUUUCCACUAGCAGGUUAUCAGCAGGUUAUUUCCCACUAAACACCAGCAAUAGCAUACUGUGAAACUCAUUUCUGGGAAAUAAAAACACAAGAGGAGACAAGUCCUCCUUGACUGAUGCACAAUAGCUGUGUAAUCACGUUGCGUGAAUCACUGGCAGUAAACAUGUUAUGCAACCCAAUGUCUUUAGCUCUACCAGCCAUAUGACCUCAGGACAGAACGUCAGCUUUCUUCUUUAGCUUUCUCUGACAUGUCUCUACUUUUACUUGGCCUUUCCUGAACUUUUGCUGCCCAAAUCCUUCCGAGUCCGUAGCUGCAAGACAAUCCAUGCUCCAUCCCCAUCGAAAUGGUUGUUGAAGUGGCCGAUUGAUCUGUAUUUUAAGUGCAAUGUUCAUCUGAGCACGACUUGUUAAUUUUGUUUAUUUUUUUGUGAAUACUUGGUGUGAUGAGGGAAAUGCUAUGUCUAACGUACAUGUCUGCUUAGGUUUUACUGCUUAGUCUGCAACAAUUAAACUUAAUACACUAGGAUGAGAGGUGGACUUUCAGCUUCCUCUAAGACACUUGGAUAACUUGAGCUUUUAAAAGUUUUCAAUAGAAAGCCAUUUUAGCAUUUGAUUCAUCGUCACGCAAAUAGUUUCCUGGAGUCAACAUUCAUUGUCGCUUGUCUUUUUAAUGCCUAUAUUUAACACAUUCUAAGUAAGGGACCCUGAAGUGAAUGUAAGAAUACAAAGCGAGGAGUAUAGCUUUUUUCAGUUUUCAUUUUUUUUUUUUUCGUGUCUGUUCACUGGUGUGUUCACUGUUCUCUAUUUCUUUUUGUUUUUUGUUUGUUUUUGGUAAAUGCCAGCUGGCUAGGGCAUUUGAUUAGAUCUCCUGUUGUUGCCUGGCUCAUGGCCCACCAUGUUGGCCAUUUUACUGUGAAUGUAUAACACAUUCAGCCUGUUUGAAAUAAAGUGGUAUGAAGAAAUGUA